AUGGCCGGCGGCUAUUUCCUCUUCCGGUUCCCCUCUGAGGCUGAUGCAAUCACAACUGGGCUCUUGAAAACCCCCCUUGGGCAAGAAGGCGACCUGGAGUGGAGGGGCGAAGAAACCCCCUCCGAGGAAAGCCUAUUGCUCGUCUUCUCUCGCCUUAAGCCCUACUGCCUCGGCCUCCUCGACCUCAUUCGCAACCCUAAGAACGAUGCCUCCUUCCUUGUCGAGAUGGCCGACUUCAUUCGAAGCGCCCCCGCCGCCGCCUUGCAGCCCUCUCUCGAGUACGCUCUCUCCUCACAUCCCCGACAGCUUGUCACCCAUUUGACUCAGAGAGACCUUGUCUCCAGUGUUUUGACUUUUGCGUCCAAGAAGUUGGGUCGGAGUUAUGAUGUUCUUCAUGAUGGGUUAUUUGAUCGGGUUGUUUUCUAUUGUUUGCCCAGUUAUACCUUGUUCCCUUUUCUCCUUUUGCUGGAUGCGGCGGUGCAGUGUAGAGAAGAGAAGAAGGCUGACUCGGAUGGGGGUUUCGGGAAUGCCGGUUCCCCAUUAGGUGGGCAUGCGAUCAGUGAUUCUGUGGCAGAAGGGAUGCUAAUGUGCCUUGAAGAACUUUUAAAGAAAUGCCAUCUUGGGUCUGUGAAUCAGGCUGCUGAACUUGAGGCACUGAGAGGACACCGUGGAAGUGCAAAUCUCCGGAAAGAGGCAUUUCUUACCCUUCGAGUCCUUGUUGCCAAGGUUGGUACUGCUGAUGCACUUGCCUUCUUUCUACCGGGCGUUGUAAGCCGUUUUGCAAAGGCCUUAUAUGUAUCAAAAAAUAUGAUUAGUGGUGCUGCUGGAAGCUCUGUGGCCAUCGAGCAGGCUAUUUGUGGUUUGACUGAGUUCUUGAUUAUUGUUUUAGACGAUAAGGCAAAUCUGCACUCCCUUGACAUGCCUGUAAAUGAUAUUGGAUCACUUGCACCCAUGGAAAAUAACUCUACCCAAUCUGUUCUAGAGGCUCUUCGUAGUUUACCUUUAAAUGGUCAUGUUCAGUCAGCAAAUAUGAUUGGAGAUUCGUUUAAUCAAGCUAUCAACGAUGAUCAUAAACGAAAGAUAGUUGAUCAUAGCAAUGGCGAAAGAACUUUAUUCGUACAUCGUUCCAAGGAGUGGACUGAUGAAACUUCUUCUAAUGUUGAUAAAUUAAUGUCUGCUGCAUUUCCACAUCUUUGUAUUCAUCCUGCAGAAAAGGUCAGAAAAGCACUUGUAGAUGGCAUACAGGGGCUUCUGUUGAAUUGCAGAUGCACCUUGAAAAGAAGCAAAUUAAUGCUUUUGGAGUGUUUGUGCAUGCUGGUUUGUGACGAUGCAGAUGUUGUGUCCAUGGUAGCACAGGAAUCCCUCGAAUCUUUAUUUGUUUUGGGUGAGAAAUUUAUAACCAAAAAUGAAAUUGCUGAUAUAUUUACCAGCCUCAUCAAAGCGCUUCCACGUGUGGUUCUUGGAAGUGAUAAGACAAUUGCUUUGUCACAUGCUCAGAAACUACUUUCUCUAGUCUAUUAUGCAGGUCCAGACCUUUUAGUAAAUUACCUUCAGUCUCCUGUCAAUGCAUCAUGUUUUUUGGAGUGUUUUGGAUUAUGCUUCAGUCAUAAUUCACGGUUUGCUGGUUCCAUGAAUAACCUAAUUUUGUCAAAACCGCUUUCAACUGGAUACUUGCUUUCCAUUGCUGAGCUGAAAACUGGCAAUAUCUUGAGUUCUCCAAGAAAUCUUACCAAGGAUGCCACUUUUCCUGUUGUUUCCAAAAUUUCUAUUUUGCAAGAUGAGGAUUUGCAAAGUCCUUCAGAAUAUGUAAGUAGUGUUUUGGAGUUUCCUCACAUGCCUCCUUGGUUUGGUAUUGCUGGCAGUCAGAAACUAUACCUAACUCUUGCUGGAGUACUUAGACUUGUCGGGCUGUCCAUAAUAUCAGGACAAAAGAGCAAUAUGUUUUUAUCAGUUCUUGUUGAUAAUUUGCUAGAUCAGUUUCGCCAGUUGAUAUCAGAGCUUCGUAUGAAAGAAUAUGGCAAAGAACGGUGGAAAACUUGGUAUUUUCAUCAUGGUUCUGGCCAGUUAUUGCGCAAGACAAGUUCUGCAGUUUGCGUGUUAAAUGAGAUAAUAUACGGAUUAUCAGAACAGUCAGUUAAUACAUAUUCAACAUUCUUUAAAAAGUCUAGGGAAGAAACCUUGCAAGAAAAGAAACUUGCAUAUGAUGAUGACAAGUCUACAACUUUCAAAUGCCAAGGAUCAGCUUGGAAUACGAGAGAGGGAAAGGAUAAUAGGGAUGCUACAAUUCUUUCCAUUGGCAGCAUUUUGCAUGAAUAUUUGUCACCUGAAGUGUGGGACAUUCCAUUGGAUCAGAAUGCACCUCUGCUGGAACAUGAAAUAGAAUUAGAUCUUCCAUUACAUUUCUUCCUAGACACCAUAAUGCUGCAACAGGUGAUCUUAGAUGGAAUAGGCAUUUUCAGCAUAGUUCUUGGAAAAGAUUUUAUAAGCAGUGGAUUUUUGCACUCUUCUCUUUAUUUAUUACUAAGGAACUUGAUUUGCUCUAACAGUGAGAUAAGAAUCGCAUCAGAUGCUGUCCUACGUGUUCUUUCUGUUUUGUCCGGCCAUGCCACCGUAGGGCACUUGGUUGUGGCAAAUGCAGACUAUAUUAUUGACACUUUAUGUUACCAGUUGCGGCAUUUGGAUAUCAAUCCCCAUGUUCCUGAUGUACUUGCUGCUAUACUGUCCUAUGUCGGUACUGCUCGAGAUAUUCUGCCAUUGUUGGAGGAGCCGAUGCGAGCUGUAUCCUCAGAGUUAGAGGUCCUUGGUAGGCAUCAACACCCAAAUUUAACUAUUCCUUUUCUAAAGGUAAAAUCCUAUGAGACUCAAGCGAGCGCCCAAGCGGCACUUCACUUAAGUGCGUCGCCUGAUCAUAGUGCUGUGGGUGAAAUUGCAAAGGCAUCACAAACUGAAGCAUCUUCUUUGCCAGAUCAGGCAGAAAUAUUUAGUGCACACAUCAGCUCCAAGAUUCUUAUGAUGCAAAAAUGGAUUAAUGAGAAUCAUGUGGCUAGAAGCUCCUUCUCCAUGUGUACCGAAUCCCAGGCUUUAGAAAUUGGAUCUGUCAAUUUUGAUGAUGUUAGUCUUCACUUGGAAUAUUGGGAGGAAUUAUUGUUUAAGUUUAAUGAGAUGAAAAGAUACAGAAGAAUUGUUGGAUCUCUUGUUGGAUCAUGCUUAAAAGCUGCAUCACCACUUGUUUCUUCACAGAAAGAAUCAGCUUGUCUGGUGUCUCUGGACAUUAUUGAGGAUGUUUCUGUAUCUCUUGCAAAAGUGGAGGAAGCUUAUAAGCACGAGAAACAAACCAAAGCAGCAAUCUGGGAAGCAGUUCAGUUGCUAUCACUAAAUGAUCUGAAAGAUGGGAUGGAGGCUGCAGAUGACGAAGCUGACGAGAACAGAGUGCUUCCAGCAAUGAACAUAAUCUGGCCUUAUUUGAUUCUUUGCCUUAAAAAUAAGGUUUCUGUGGUUGUGAUCAGAAAAUGCUUGAAUAUGCUGCAUAAAGCAGUUCAAAUUGGUGGCGGGGACUUUUUUGUUCGCCGGUUUCAGAAUGAUGGGCAUACUAUAUGGAAGUUGCUUACUUCAUCCACAUUUCGAAGGAAACCAAUGCUAUCAAAUGAGGAAAGAAUUCUUCUCCCUUACCGAAGUAAUUCUAUAACUUCAGAAGAACCUAUGGCUGAAGUCUCCAGCCAAAAAAUCCAGGCAGCAGUAUUGGACAUGAUUACCUUGAUAUGUUCAGACAAGAGGACUAGUUCAGCAUUGCAGACAGUCCUGAAGAAAGUUAGUGGUAUUGUCGUAGGUAUUGCUUGCAGUAGCAUGGCAGGUCUCAAAGAUGCAUCUCUAAGGGCAUUAUCAGGACUUGCUUGCAUUGAUUCAGACCUUACCUGGCUUCUGCUUGCCGACGUCUACCAUUCCCUGAAUAGAAGGGAUGUUAUCCUUCCACCAUGCCAAGAUCUGGCUGGGAUUUCUGAGCUGCUUCCUGCCGCAUCAUCCAAAAAGGAAUAUUUGUUUGUGAAUUAUGCAGGAGAAGAUUUAGGCCUUGAUAUAGAUCCUUCAUCCGUGGAGGUAGUAUUUAGAAAGAUGGAAUCAGAAGUUCUUUUAUGAUAACAUUUGUACAGUCGGAUCUGUAUCAUGUUGAAUGUACUCUGUAAAUUUGUGGGAGAUGUUAAGAAUCAUUGAGAAUGUAAAAGGGCAUUAGAUGUCACUUUGCACAUGGUAGUUAUCCUUUUCUAGCAAGGCAAGUUUGGGUAACUUUCCUUCAGUGAGAUAAUUUCUUGUAUAUUCUGUCUCAUGGAGUUAAAUGAUUUCAUUUGUAUGAUGUUCAUGAAACUCUGAAAUCUACUCAAAUGUUUGGUUAUCAUACCAUUAAUAUUGUGUGA